AAAAAACUCAAAGAUAAACAUGAAAUUCGCCAAAAUUCAAAAGAGGAUGGUCACAAUCAUCCUUCUCUUCCUUUUGGUUACAUCAUCUUCAGAGACAACUCCACAAACUCAAUUGGCCGCACCAUUAGAAUCAACAGGAGAAGGUACCAAUUCACCAACAAAGCCACUAGGUUUUCCAGCUGAGAACCAGAACCAACCAAUUCUUGGUCAACCAUCUUCUACUUCUACUGUAAACCAGCCUUUAACCGGGUUAAAUCAACCAUUAACCGGAUUCAAUCAGCCAUCAUCAACUGGACUCAACCAACCAAUUCUUGGCCAACCAUCUUCUUCUGUAAACCAACCUUUAACCGGGUUUAAUCAGCCAUCACCAACUGGAUUCAACCAACAAACUUCUUCUUCAUCGUCUAAUUCUGCUCUCAACCAGCCAUUUGGGAAUCGAAUCAACCAAAACAGUCUCUCGGGAAGCAACGUUCCAUUUCUUAAUGGAAUUUCGAAGCCGGAAGUCUCUAUUACAAAGAUUAUCUUUAUCUGCAUUGCUCUUCACCUUGCUUUGCACGGUCCAGACAUGAACUGAACCAAACUUAUCCAUCAUAUGUCACUUCUGUAUAGUUUGGUUUUAAUUAUAUUUGUACUAUAACUUGUCCUUUCUUUUCGUCUUGUAUUCUAGGUUUUUUUUCUUUUUUGUUCAAACUUCUUGUAUUCUAGUUUAAGAGUGUGUAGUGUGUUAUGUAUAUUAUUGCUGAAAUGUUUUUACGUUUUUGUUAUUUGAUCAGUGUUCGAUUUUAU